UGACAGUUGAAGAUAAAUGUACUUUAUGCAACAUCGAAUAGAAAUUAUUGUGUAUUUAUAAAGUGUUACUGUGAACAUGAGUAUUCCAGAUAUCGUUUUCCGGAAGUUCUCAGAAUAAAUAAAUCGUUUUAAAGACUCUCUGUCUGUAAAAAAAGUGGAGCACGAUAUAAAUGGACUGCCCUUUCCUAGUGUCAUAUCGCACGUUCUUCUAUUUGGUGGAAAGCAUGAAUGCAAAAGGUCGUAUACGAUAUAAUGUAAUAUGUGAUUGGAUGAACGAGCGCUAAACACAUUUAGAUUGAUUAUGAUUAUUGUGAUGACGCUGAUAGAUUAAUCGAUAAACUUAAGUAUUUUUACUGAUGUACUAUUUUAAAACGUGCAAUAAUAGAUGACUUUACAAGAAAAUUUACCGUUAAUAGAAGUCGAUUACAUGAUUUUCCCGAUUAACAGAUGAUGAUAUUUUAACUUUUUUACGGUAACAGAGUUAGUAUAAAAUAAAACGAGAUAUUUUUUAGGUAAUUAAUGGUAAUUAAGUACGGAGCAAGUAACUAAUGACAUGAAAAUGUUUCAUGUGGCAGUACAGAAGGUUUCACGUUGAUUAGCUACUUGUGAUAAUAAAUUGUCGGGCAAUGCAAAUUACUUUUUGUUUUUACGUUUACGAGAACUCUGAAUAUUUUCUACUUUUUUACGACUGAAAUGUUACGAACAACUUUGGUGGUCUCAAAAUUUUUAAUUUUAACACCUCCGGUCGACGUAUCUUUCCUUGAACUCCCUUUUUACUACGAUCCACUGUUAUCGUUUUACGCAUAGCGUACACGUGUGCAUAGAUGAGUAGGUGGUCGCAGUGGCCUAUAUACAUCGGAAAUGAAGCUUACGUCUCUUAUCUGAGAUUACUUUCAGCCUUAUUCGUUUCGCAGGGACUAUAUUGAGCCUACAGACGACGAGAAUAUGGUAGACGUUACAACAGCUUUGCCAUCCAAUGGAGGGGCGUCGUUAAUUGGACGCACCAGAGGUGCUCUUAGGUCUGUGCGAUCCGCUCUAGGAGGAAGCGGGGAGUACCUUCAGGGCCUAGGGAAUAGAAUAGGAUCCGCUCUUAGCAGCAGCUUAGAGGAAAGUGAACUGACUACGACCCCUUCUUCGCCGUCAUCAUCGCCACAAGCACCACCGCAGGUUAUCAAGCCAGAGGAGCAAUUAGGACGGCGGAAACUUAGGCUUCCGAGAUUUGGUGCGGGAUUAUCCUACGAGGAUUAUGAGGCAAUAGCGCGGCACAAAUUGGAACGUCAGGGAAGUGCAAAUUUUUCCAGAACGCGAAAGUAUCCGCCUGGGAUGACAUACGAGGAAAUAGCAUCCUCCAGAUCCUCGAGCAAGAAACAGGAAAGUCGAACUGAGCAGGACGAUGUCAGUCCCGAUCGCGACAGCCAGGAAAGUAUAGAGCCCAUUCAGGAGCAGGACAUCAAAGCGACCGGACCCGAUCCUUAUGAGAAAUUGAAUUACAAAGCAGCGAGGGCGCCGACCCGCUAUCAGACGGUUGUUUUCCGUUUAGACAUGCCUUGCAGCAGUGAUUCUACGAGCGAUCAAGAUGGAUAUGGACCCAGCACUAGUCUGGAUUCCAACAUGGAUGGUCGCAGAAUGUGGCAACGAUCGGGAUCAUCGUGUUCCGUUCAGUCUUGGGCUUCGAGUUUGUCGGCUGAUAGUCAAUCGGAGGAAGCUGCUGCGGAUUUCAUGAAAGCUUUUGUACCUUUGUUAUUCGACGCGCCUAACACUAUCGAUCAAGAGCAAAAGGCUAAUUUCGGUCAAAUGGUUUUGACAGAAUCGGGAAGAAUAUGGUUCUCCAGGGUGGUGAACGCGAGAAGAGCACGUGCGUGUGUUACAGAAGCUUCAUUUUAUUCUUUAGCCCAGCAUUUCGCAGUCGCGCUAUUCGAAUGCCACGAAGCGGACGAUUUUGCGCCAGCUAAAAGUCUGAUGAAUAUGUGCUUCACUUUUUAUCACGAAGUGGAAGUUCCUGGAUUAGAGCCCUAUCGUGAAUAUCUGUACACCCAUUUACGCGUUCAACCAAUAUGGACGUCCAUGAGAUUUUGGACGGCUGCUUUCUUUGACGCCGUACAAUGUGAGCGAGCGUCUAGACCGGUACCACCUAGACCGAAGUCAUUAGAUCAGGAAAGUAUCGCCGCCGAAGAUAGAAAGUUUCAAGCAAACAUAGUUUUCGGACAGUUAGGGACUUUUACUUGUAACAUGCAUGCUUUCGGCCUGUCACGAGUUUUAUGCACAGAGUUCCUCCGGAAACAAUGUAUUAUCGCGAAUUUAACUAAAGAACAAGAGAAAAUGCUGCGAGACAAUAUAGAUCGAAUGUUCGACGAGACCGAGCCAUGGCGGUAGUUUAGUUUGAGCGAAGAGGUAGAACCGAUUUUGAAAAUCACUUUAAAGAAACGUUUUGUGACGUUUCUUCUUGAAAAUAUUUCCGACGAAAUCGAAUUGUCUUCGAGCGCAAAGAAAGCGGAGAAGUCAAUUAUGAAAAUAAUCUUGUUAAUACCGUUGAUGUAUUACAUCGACAUUUGUUAAAUUUUUCGCGGUAUUUGACGCUGCAUGGGUACGUCAAUUUCUAAGAUGCAAACACUGCACUAACCUCGCGCCUUAAAUUGUGAAAGGUAUUUAAAUUUUACGUUUCUAAAAUGAAUAUGAAAAAUUUUUAUAAAACCGCAUUAAAACAUUAAUUU